CCUUAACCCGGACCUCGAUAACCCACCGCCCAUGAUCGAUCCUGCAACCAUCGUUGGACCCUCCAUUCCGAUCGUCAGGAUCACCAAGACAUACAGAUGCAGCUCUUGCCCCAAGGUUUUCACGUCAAGUGGUCAUCUGCAACGUCAUGGUCGUGUCCACUCGGGUGAAAAGCAGUUCACCUGCCCCUACCCGGACUGCAACAAACAGUGCAAUCGCCAAGAUAACCUGCUUCAGCACUACAAGAUCCAUCUUCCUCGAUCUGACCGCAAUCGUGGGCCUGAGUACCUCAAUAUGGUGUUCGCGGAGAUGGUCGCCUCCCAGGCUUUGUCUGCAGCGCAUCGGCGCGUCCGGCCAAAGUCGGAGCUGCACAUCAAUGUUGCCUCCUCAAAAGUUGCGUCUGUCACUGCAACUGCGAAAGGCUCACCCGUUAGCGAUGGCGAGACGAGUGCGCUGCACAUCCUUGCCGCGUCUGCUCUUUCAGUUCGGCCGUCCGUAGCCUUGGCACACUCCCUCAGCGCCCCAGCAACGGGACUUCUUGCAAAUAUAGCUCACGAACCCGCCAGUCCUUCAGGAACAACCAGGAAGUUGUAAAAUCACGAAAUUUUGAAGAACCAGUAAUAUGAUGCAGCUGAUUGAUACAGGGACGUUUUCGGAUCUUGUCACAAUAGCGACGCUCCGAUGGGACACAUGCACUGGCCAUCGUUUCUCCAAUUGAUGCUUUUGGAAUAAGUUCUGUCUCUAUUCGUCGUCCCCUUUCUCCUUGGUGGUCUAAAAUUUGUACUUGAUACUGCUUUCUCCUCACGCCUCGUAAAUAGCACAGGCACAGAUCCAGGGUUGUAACAUAACAAUGAUUGUCGU